AUGCUAAAGCCUGCAGUCGUCAUCGACAAUGGCACCAGCUUCACCCGGGUGGGCUUUGCAGGCCAGAAGAAGCCCAAGUUUGUGCUAAGGACCACGUUCCUACACCCCUGCAGCGCAGGCACCACGUGGGAGGCCCAGCAGCACCACAGCACUGAGGAAAGCACGGCAGGCUUUGCCGUGGUACCCAGGUCUUACCCAGUUAAGCAGGGCAUCAUUGAGGACUGGGACAGCAUGGAAAGCCUAUGGAGCCACCUCUUCUUCUGUGGCCUGAGAGCUCCCCCAGAGGAGCAGGCAGUGCUCAUGGCUGACUCCCCAUCCUGCCCCACCACCAACAGGGAGAAAGUGGCAGAGGUGCUUUUUGAGCACUUUGGGGUGCCAGCCCUGCACGUGGCCAACACCGGGUUCCUCUCGCUCUGUGCCUAUGGCAGGGUCACGGGCCUGGCUGUGGAGGCUGGGGCUGGAGUGUCCCACAUCACCCCCGUGUGCCUGGGGCAGACCCAGCGGGAGGCCACGCACCGCCUCGGCGUGGCUGGUGGCUUCCUCUCCAGCUACCUGCACAGCCUGCUGAUGGCCAGCACCAAUGAGCCCUCAGCACUGAAGGCCUUGAAGAGGAAGACAGUGACGCAGAUGAAGAAGCAAUGCUGCUACGUCUCCAUGGACUACGAAGGAGACCUCCAGAACCAAGGUUUCCAUCACCCAGCCAGAUUUCAGGCUCCUGAUGGGCACUGUAUAACCCUGCACAAGGAACGGUUCUGCUGCCCAGAGCCACUCUUCCAACCAGAGCUGCUCCACCAAAGCUCCCCAGGGCUCCAUUACUUGGCCUGGCAGAGCCUCCAGGAGGUACCUGACCACACCAAGGGGGACAUGCUGGGUAACAUCGUGCUGUCAGGGGGCUCCUCCAUGUUUCCUGGCUUUCCCGAGAGGAUGUGCUUAGAGCUGAAUGCCCUGUUCCAAGACACAAGCUGCCAGAUUCAGGUGCUGGCCAGCCCGGAGAGGGGCACAGCAGCCUGGGCAGGGGGCUCCAUGGCAGCAUCGCUCACAUCCUUCCAGCAGGCAUGGAUGGCAAAAGGCGAGUACGAGGAGCACGGUGCUAAGUAUGUACACAGGAUAUUCCAAUAG